AUGGUAAUUUUCUGCUUAAUUAUUGUAACUGAUAGAAUCUACUGUUAUACAAUUUGUUGGGACAAUGUUGGGAAGCAAGUGAAGGCCCGUCAUCAGACUCGCAACCAUGGAAACAAGUAUUUAAGUUGGGCACUUGCAUAUGUAGCAAAAAACCGUGUACAAAGCAGCCACCUUAUUGAUAAAACUGUUAUACCGGCAACCGCUGUACCUUUGGAGAAGUAUUUUCUAGAAGAAGCCGAGAUUUUAAAGAUAAAGGACGCAUUAAUAAAUAGUGUGAUAGAGAUAUUAGUGAACCACGUUCCUCUUUUGUCUCAUCUCAAAACAAUGGUGACAGAAGAAGACCAUAAAUACAUAGAAGAAAGUAAACGAAAAAGUGAAAUAUUUAACAUAGGUGUUCUGCAAGAAAAUCCAUCUACAACAGCAGGAGUUAUAAACAUUUUAGAUAUGUUACACCGCUAUGUUCCCCAAAAUGAAGCUGACGGUACCCUAUAUCCAAUUAUUACAUGGGGAGAUGGAUUGUCAUGCGAACGUCAUGCUGAUGCACAAAACGCACGUGCCAAUGGAGCGACUCCGUUUAAAAGGGGUAAAAGGGAAAUUUAA